UCUCUCUCUCUCUCUCUCUCUCGCAAUAAUGUCAUAACACAGAAAGAAGACAAAGGCCAAAGUGUUCGAGAGCACUUGGCAAUCCUCUGCUCUCACCACCAUCCAACUCUCCCUCCCUCUCUCUCUCUCUCUCUGGCCCGAACCGUUUCGUCACCACAGCGAAGCUGCAAUCGCCGAUUCAGCCGUUCGCGCCGGCGGCGAUCCCAAAUGCGACCUCCUUCGAUCCGCGCCGUCAACAAUCCGCAAAUCCCGCGCAGAUUGGCCAUCUCCACGUGAAUCUCCACCCCUCGGCGUCGCCUGGCUUCCCUUCCCUUCCCUCUUCGGGUGUUCUCUUCUUGUUUGCUUCGGGAUUCGCCUUUUUUUUUUGCGUGCUGCGAAUCGGCGCGAGCUCCCUUGCCUGCUGCGGAUCGAUUCCCCCACGAUGGCUGCGCCCGCGGUUGCGUCGCCGCUCUGCACGUGGCUCGUCGCGGCUUGCAUGUCGGUCUCGUGCGAGGCGGAUGGCGCGGCGAAGAGGUCGACCUCGUGCGGCCUCUCGCGGCGGAGGAGGCGGCGGCUUCCCGUGUCGAAAUGUGGCGGGGGCGGCGCCGGGAGCGCGUCGUCGUUCGGCCUGGUGACCUCUUGCCUGGCCUUUGAGCCUUGCGGUGAGUUUUACAGCUCGCGAGCGGCGUCGUCCUUGGGAUUCUUCGGCGAGAAUGGAUUCGCUUCGCUUUUCGGAUCGAGGAGUCGCCCGAUGAAUCGAAGGCAGAGGCGUCUGAAUCGCGCCUCUGGUUCAGGUGAAGUUAUGGCUGUGGCAUUGCAAGCUGCACCAGAGUUUGUCACGAAGAAGAAACCUGUGACAAAGCAAAGACGUGUAGUUGUGACAGGGAUGGGCGUCGUAACCCCACUUGGUCAUGAUCUGGACACUUUCUAUAACAAUUUGCUUGAAGGUGCUAGUGGCAUAAGUGAGAUAGAGGCCUUCGACUGUUCCCAGUUUCCGACGAGGAUUGCAGGAGAAAUCAAGUCAUUUUCAACUGAUGGUUGGGUAGCACCAAAACUUUCUAAAAGGAUGGAUAAAUUCAUGCUUUACAUGCUUACUGCCGGAAAGAAAGCCUUAGCAGAUGGUGGAAUCACAGAAGAUCUAAUGAAUGAGUUAGACAAAACUAGAUGUGGUGUUCUGAUUGGCUCUGCAAUGGGGGGCAUGAAGGUAUUUAAUGAUGCCAUUGAAGCUUUGAGGAUUUCGUAUAGAAAGAUGAAUCCCUUUUGUGUACCUUUCGCUACUACAAACAUGGGAUCUGCUAUGCUUGCAAUGGAUCUGGGAUGGAUGGGACCUAAUUACUCAAUAUCUACAGCAUGUGCGACAAGCAACUUUUGUAUAAUGAAUGCAGCAAACCAUAUAAUAAGAGGCGAAGCUGAUGUCAUGCUUUGUGGUGGUUCUGAUGCAGCAAUAAUUCCUAUAGGUUUGGGAGGUUUUGUUGCUUGUCGGGCACUAUCGCAAAGGAACAAUGAUCCCACCAAAGCUUCCCGACCAUGGGAUAUGUGUCGUGAUGGAUUUGUCAUGGGAGAAGGAGCUGGUGUGCUGCUCUUAGAGGAAUUAGAGCAUGCUAAGUGGUUUCCUGCUUCUAUUCUCCACUGUUAUGGUGCAACUGGAAAAAGAGAAAGGGGUGCGAAUAUCUAUGCAGAGUUUCUUGGUGGAAGUUUUUCUUGUGAUGCCCAUCACAUAACUGAGCCUCGCCCAGAUGGGGUUGGCAUCAUUAUGUGCAUAGAGAAUGCCUUAUCUCGGGCUGGGGUGUCCAAGGAAGAUGUAAAUUACAUCAAUGCUCAUGCUACAUCCACUAUGGCGGGAGACAUGAUGGAGUACCAAGCUCUCAUUCACUGUUUUGGCCAGAAUGGGGAGUUGAGAGUGAACUCUACAAAGUCUAUGAUCGGUCACCUCCUUGGAGCAGCUGGUGCAGUGGAAGCUGUUGCAGCAGUUCAGGCAAUAAGGACAGGGUGGGUCCAUCCAAAUGUUAACCUGGAAUCACCAGAUGAUGGAGUGGACACGAGCGUGCUGGUCGGUCCAAGAAAGGAGAGAGUGGAUGUCAAGGUUGCCUUAUCUAAUUCAUUCGGUUUUGGUGGCCACAACUCCUCGAUCUUAUUUGCUCCUUACAAAUGAUAUGGCUACUCGAAUUACCUUUGAUAUUUCUAGAGCUACUGCGGGCAAAUGGCAUCUCAUAGACGCGCUACUUCGUGGCUGAUCGCUCGCAUGUGGCCAUGUAUAAUUUGGUCGGUACAGCUGGGGGUGCGAUGCAGCAAGUCUUUACAGAACCAUCUGUAGCAUGAAGGUCGAUACUCGUGAUGCGCUAAUUGCUCAUACUCUUCUGCCAUCAUUUUUCGCUAGAGUUACUCCUUUAGUCAUUGGUGUUAGCCGUAGCGGGCCUUGAUUAUAGCCCCGCUGAACCGCGGGAAGCUUACCUCCAUUAGCGCCGUUGUACAAGUAGAUGGCUCCUCAAAAAAUGUUCCGCCUACCAUUUUCAUUACCGAAUCAGAUACUUAGCCGUUAGUCAAUUUUUACUGUAGUUUCAUGAUGAGCUCGGAACAAA